AUGGGCUUUUGGUCUCCAAACGUCCACAACUACCCAGAUAUGGAAGCUGUACCCUUGCUGCUAAAUAACAUGAAGGCAGACCCUCCAGAGGAUUCCUUGUCUACAGACCACUUCCAAACACAGACUGAACCAGUGGACUUGUCAAUAAACAAAGCCAGGUCGUCCCCUACAGCAGCUUCAUCUUCCCCAGUCUCCAUAACAGCAUCAGCCUCCUCCCCUUCUUCUACUUCUACUUCUUCUUCUUCUUCCUCCAGUCGUCCAGCUUCAUCCCCCACAGUAAUAACGUCGGUGUCUUCGGCGGCCUCUGUACCGUCAGUAUUAACUCCAGGUCCCCUUGUGGCCUCUGCAUCUGGUGUUGGAGGUCAGCAGUUUUUGCACAUUAUCCACCCCGUACCACCUUCGAGCCCCAUGAACUUACAGUCCAACAAGAUGAGUCACGUGCACCGUAUACCAGUGGUGGUACAGUCGGUGCCUGUUGUCUACACGGCUGUGAGAUCACCCGGGAACAUGAACAACACCAUAGUAGUACCACUGUUGGAGGAUGGGAGAAGCCACGUCAAAGCACAAAUGGACCCCCGAGGCCUAUCUCCCAGACAAAUUAAAAGUGACAGUGAUGAUGACGACCUGCCAAAUGUGACCUUAGAUAGUGUUAAUGAAACUGGAUCUACAGCGCUCUCCAUAGCCAGAGCAGUACAAGAUUCCAUUUCACCGUUCAGUAUUGAGAGCACAAGACGUCAGAGAAGGUCUGAGUCUCCCGACUCCAGGAAGCGGCGCAUCCACCGGUGUGACUUUGAGGGAUGCAACAAAGUAUAUACGAAAAGUUCUCACCUGAAGGCCCACCGAAGGACACACACAGGAGAAAAACCGUACAAGUGCACGUGGGAAGGCUGCACCUGGAAGUUUGCUCGCUCCGACGAACUGACGAGGCACUACCGCAAGCACACGGGAGUGAAGCCAUUCAAGUGCGCGGACUGUGACCGCAGCUUCUCCCGCUCGGAUCACCUGGCGCUGCACCGCCGCAGGCACAUGCUGGUGUGAGAAACGCUCC